UGUCCAGGGGAGGUUGAUGUUGAAUUUUAGUAAAAUUUAUCAUUUUGGUGUAUUGAUUUAAUGUGUGUUAUAUAGCAUUGGUUACGCGAAAAACUGCAAAUGAUUAUGAAACUGCUUUUGGUGUGCGCGGUGGCCGUGGUGACCGGGGUGCCGCUGCAUGACGACAUCACGCCUACCAGAGGGGAAUCCUGCGGGUACGACAGUUGCAAGGACUAUGACCCCAACGUGUUAAAUGUGCACAUCGUUCCCCACACGCACGACGAUGUGGGAUGGCUCAAGACCGUCGACCAGUAUUAUUAUGGCAGUCAAAAUACCAUACAAAAAGCUGGUGUUCAAUACAUAUUGGAUUCUGUGGUCAAGGAGUUGUGGGAAGACCCAAAACGGAGGUUCGUGUAUAUAGAAACAGCAUUCUUCUGGAAAUGGUGGACCAAGCAGCCAGAUUCCGUCCGCCACAAGGUCCACACUCUCGUCCGCCAAGGCCGGCUGCAGUUCGAGGGGGGCGCUUGGAGCAUGAACGACGAGGCCGCAACGCAUUAUCAGUCCACUAUAGAUCAAUUUACUUGGGGACUUAGCAAGCUGAACGCCACGUUCGGUGAAUGCGGACGUCCACACGUCGGCUGGCAGAUCGAUCCAUUCGGUCAUUCCCGGGAGUUGGCCUCGCUGCUCGCAGCCAUGGGCUACGACGGAUUGUUCCUCGGCAGACUUGAUUAUCAGGACAAGUCGAAUAGACUUGGUAAGAAGACCAUGGAGAUGCUUUGGCGUGGGGACGACGAUUUGGGUAAAUCGUCAGACAUUUUCACUGGAGCCCUGUACAAUACAUACUCUCCCCCGCCCGGGUUUUGUUUCGAUGUCUUAUGUUCCGACGAACCGAUCAUUGACGAUCCAACAUCGCCUAUUUACAAUGUCGAUGAGAGGGUGUCCAAGUUCAUCGACAUAUGCCGCAACAUGUCCACAGCCUACAAAACAAAUAACAUUUUAAUAACUAUGGGAGAAGAUUUUCAUUACCAAGACGCGGCGAUGUGGUUCCACAACCUGGAUCAACUUAUUAUACAUUCCAAUAUGAAAUCUGCCCAGGAAGGAUUGAACGUGAAACUAUUUUAUUCUACACCUAGUUGUUAUUUGAAAGCAGUUCAGGAAGCAAAUCCAACUCUCCCAACGAAGCAAGAUGACUUCUUUCCAUACGCGAGCGAUCCGAACGCUUACUGGACAGGUUACUUCACGUCGCGACCCACAACAAAGUAUUUUGAACGGGAAGCGAACAGCUAUUUGCAGAUGGUGAAACAGCUGCAAGUGUUGGCUAACUUGGAAAAGCAUAAUCAAUUCGUGAUUGAUGAACUCAAAAGCGCAAUGGGCGUCAUGCAGCAUCACGACGCCAUAACCGGCACGGAAAAGCAGCACGUGACUCACGAUUAUGAACGCUUGUUGAACCAGGCCGUUGACGACGCCUUGAUCGUUGCCAGACAGGCACUCAAUAAAUACUUACAAGGUGAUCCUUUGAAGCCGCCUCUGCUUAGCUUUGAAAGGUGUCGGUUCAACGAAUCUAGUUGUUACACUUCUGAGCAUAGUGAGCAGUUUAUCAUUGCUGUAUACAACCACUUAGCUUGGGAGGUGUCUGAGGUCAUUAGGAUUCCUGUUAUGGAAGGAAGUUAUGAAGUUUACGACCCGAAUGGCGAUAAGAUCACAUCGCAGUUAGUCGACAUACCCGCCGCGGUGCAAUCGAUACCCACCCGCAAAUCGAGGGCAACACACGAAAUCUUCUUCAUCGCCAAACUCGACCCAGUCUCAUACAAAACAUUUUACAUAAGGAAAACCAAUCGUAACAAACGUUCAGCUUACGAUUCCAAAAAUCUGAACGCAUAUGCCAAUAUCAAUGAAUAUUGGAACGAUAUUAAACAGACAGUUGUGAUUGAUAUUAAAAAUCGACAUGAGGCGAAACAAGAGAAACCUGUAUUCAUACCUUUAUACGAGUCAAUAAGUAAUAACAUGAACGUACCUAAAGAAGACGCACAAUUAUUCGACGCUUCCAUUUUAGACGACGAUAUUGAUAGAACAAAAGAAAUCGAUCAAUUGGUUCAAAUUAUUCAAGAACACAAGAAAAGGAAACCCAAUCAAGUUCAGUUAAAGGCGAUUGUUGAUGAUGACAUGGGGAUGUUAGGUGAUGAUCCGAUGGUAGUCAACAGUUAUCCUGAGGAGAAUGAGUUGCCUAACAAGGCGUUUUCUUGGGCUCAUAGUUUGCCCAAAGGUGUGCAUUUACUAACAGUUGAGCCUUGGAGAGAAAAGUCUUUAUUAUUGAGGCUGGAAAACUAUUUGGAGAUCGGAGAUCAGGAGAACACUACAGUAGAGGUCAAUCUAGAUGCGAUAUUUAAAGAUCUAACAGUUAAACGUGCGAGUGAAACGAUGUUAGCUGCCAAUUUGUGGGUAGAUGAAAAGAGGAAGUGGUCUUGGAACAAAGAGAAUGGAUUUUCGGUGAACUUUAAUGAAGCAUAUGGAGAAUUUAACAACGUGGAAAAGUCUAAUGACGAAGACGAAGAUAUUCAUGAUGACGGCUUGUUGAUUCGCCUUAAGGCGAAGCAAAUUAAAACUUACGUUGUUGAUUUUGAUUAUAAUUAA